GCAAGAAUAUCAGCUGAGUGUCAGUCGUGGCAAGAAAGGAGCCCCACAGCCACUCGUCGACCAGGAGGCGGGCCAAGCCGGCGCUCUGUGGGCCUUUUGCUGGGCCUUUUGCUGGGGCUCCGGCCCCUCCAGGGACGAGCCAUGCCCAUGCUCCACCAGCCCCAGCCCCGAAGCUGGGACAGCUCUUCGGAGUCCUGUUCAUGCAGCUCUGUCGGGAUGGCCGCCUGCCGGGCACUCUGCUGCCUUUCAGGCCAGCUGCCGGAGGUGAACGUUGUCCUUUGGCGACACCUUUUUGGAGUGUUGUACAAUGUAGAGAAACGCUCCUCUUCGAAUCUCAUGACGGCUUAUAAUCUCGCAGUCUGCGUAGCCCCGAAUGUCCCGUGGCCGGCCGAUCCCUGCAGCUCAGAGUCCCGGGACGCGCUCGCAGAAAAGGUUUCUCUUGUUCAAUUUCUCAUUGAAAGAUCCCUCAGGAUAUUUGGGGAGGACAUCGCGUGCCUCUUGGGGAGCAGCCCAGUGAGCUGUGAUGACAGGGAGACAACAUCAGUGAAAGCAGAGCAACCUCUGGAAGGCUCGGAGACCUCUGAGACAGUAGGAGCCACCGUGAUUCUCGAAAGACACACAAGGGCAUGAUGAGGCCGAGGCUCCGCCCAGCGUGGACACUCCCAUGGCUCCUCCCCCGUUCUGAAGAUUAGAGUCUUCACGAUCACGUUCAACCCCUCCUUUUCCUUUGUUUCCUAUAGUAUCCCACUGAGAACUAUUUUUCUAACAUGUUUCCAGGAUUUUGCUGAAUUUGGAUGAAAUUCUUUUCUUUAUCCCAUGUA